AUGCAGACGCGUAUCGAUUGUCUCGAGGAGUACACGAUCAUGGCAAAAGUAGGCGACGGUACGUUCAGCAAUGUUUUUAAGGUCAAGAAGAAUAGCACUGGUGAGAUUUUCGCGAUGAAAGUCAUGAAAAAGCACUAUGAAUCAGUAGAAGAAGUUGACGCUAAUGAUGAGAUCAGGUACAUGCGAGAGCUCGGCGAACACCAAAAUAUUCUUCAAUUGUACGAUGUUAUCUUUGAGCCUAAACUUGGAAGGUUAUCUCUCGUUACAGACUUAAUGGAGUUUAACCUCCUCAAUUUGCUAAAUACUCCGCACUUCUUCCCCGAUGAUGUUUUGUACUACAGCUACCAGCUUCUGAAUGGCCUUUCUUACUUGCAUUCUGCCGGCUUUGUUCAUAGAGACAUUAAGCCCGAAAACAUUUUAAUUAACUUACGAUCAAGAGAGCUCAGAAUUGGCGAUUUUGGUUCUCUCGUAGAAGAGCCAUGUAACUACAUUCCAGGAGAAUACAUUACAACUCGCUGGUAUCGUGCUCCAGAGCUUCUCUUGAAGUGUCCGACAUACAAUUGCGCAAUCGAUGUAUGGUCUGUAGGCUGCGUCAUUGCUGAAAUGAUAUUAAAGCACCCUCUUUUCCCUGGCGGAGAUACUACUUCCCAGUUGGAAAUGAUUCAUAACGCUUUGGGUGCACCAACAGCAGAACUAUUCGAGACAAUGGCUGCCGAUAGCCGCUACAAAGCAGAAGACUUCCAAAACGUUACGCCCAUAUCUUUAAUAAAUCGACUCGAAGUUUGCCCAUAUACAGAUUUGGUUGCACUUGUUAUGACAAUGCUGAAGUACAAUCCGUCCGAUCGCGUCGAUUCUGGAACAGCCGCAGCUUCAACUGUAUUUGAAAGUUGCAAAUACUCAAAAUCUCUUUCUCGCGCAAGAGUUCUCGUUAAAUCUACCCCAGAUAUCGGAUUCCAAGGAGUCCAAAUCAAGAAGCAAAUUACAAUCUCUCUAAAACCAGAGACAAAAGAAGCCCCUUCGCCUCUUAAACGCCAAUGCGUUACAUUCCCGAAGAUAUAUACACCUAACUGCGGAAAGCAUAUUCCAGUGGUAGAAAAAAUGCCCAAGAAUAGGAGUUUUACAAAUUUAGAUGAUUGA